GCUUCCCACAUGUAUGCCUGGAGCAAGAGAGUUUAUGCAGUCCUCGACUUGCCAUAAGAAAUUCUUUAGUUUUUUAAUAUGGAGAUCUUACUGCCAGCAUGUUGCAUCUGGUAUUCAAGGAUACAACACGAGCUUCAAUCCAACCAGAAGAGCUUUAGAUAGAGCAGACAAUGAAUUUGAACUGAUCGGACCCAAAGCCUCUUUCCAUGGGUCGGCCAUCAAAUUGGAAGACGCUCCAAAACUUAAAUUACCUGAGGUUGCUUUUAUUGGAAGAACAAGUGUUGGUAAAUCAUCUCUCAUAAAUGCAAUCUUGAACAGGAAAAAGUUUGUGAAGACAUCAAAGAAGCCAGGACACACAAGACUUGUUAACUUUUUCAACAUCAAUUCAAAAAUGUACCUAGUGGAUCUUCCUGGCUAUGGAUAUGUGGAGGGUCUGGGAAGCAAGCGAGGAACUGAACACUUUGUCAAAGUUGCAGAGACUUACCUGAGAGAACGAGCUGGAAAAGAGUUAAGAAGUGUUUGUCUUCUGAUUGAUGGGAAAGUUGGAGUGAAAAAAAGUGAUCUCAUAGCAUUUGAAAUGAUGGGAGAGUUUGGUGGUCCUUUUCAAGUGAUUUUGACAAAAAUGGACAAGCUUCCCAAGCCAAGACACCAGGCAGUCAUUGAAGAAGUCUACAAAAUCAAAGAAAAGUUUUCACUAGACAAUUGCUUUCCUCAUGUAUUUGCUGUAAGUUCUACAGAAAAGACAGGAUUAUCAGAAUUGAGAUAUUUCAUCAGUCUAAAUGUGGGCUUAAAAAAUAGCGAAAAUUGGUGAACAAAACCAAGCCAACGAAUGGAGGACUAUCAGAUGUACCUGUCAGAGGAGCAAUCUUCUAUUCAUGAAGUUGUUGUAUCGAAAAAGUGCAUCAUCCAUAAAGACAUAAUAAAAUAGAUAAAAAUUAAUGAGGAUUAAAGCAGAGCCACCACAUGCUCUUGGGUUACAAUGAGGAAAAGUAAAAGGAAGCAGUGCAUUGAAAUAUUUGUACGCCAGUGGAUGAAUAAUUUAGGGAUGAACAAAAGGAAUAAUCUUAAAAGGGGUAAUAAUCUUAAAAGGGGUAUCCCGUUGAGUGUAGCUUGCAGAACAU